AUUAAUAAACAGUAAGGGAAGCCUCAGAGCCAGAAAAUCAGAGAGGAGAGAGGGAGAGGGGAAGGAAGAAGGACAAGGAAGGGAAGAGAGAACCCUCGCAAGUCGCAACAAAUCCGAUUACUCAAAUUUUGGGGCUUUGGUAGGACUGCUUCUGCAGUAUCUAAUCCAACAAAAAAUGCCCAAUUUCACUGUUCCUUUCUCUUAAUCCAUCCUUCGUGAUGCGAUUCGUCGCGGCGGUCGUCGACGAGCAAUGACUUCGCUCAGUUUGUCGUUUUAAAUGAAGAGGGAAGAACGACAUCAUCACCGUCUUCUUCUUCAUCAUCAUCGAAUUAUUGAUGGUGUUGAUGAAUGGGAUUGCAAUUGCAGAUGAAUUGGCAGCCGAGUUUGCUCAGUCAGAAAAGGAAGAACGGCCCGCCUUUAGGGUUGAGAAAUCUCGGCAACUCUUGCUAUCUCAAUAGCGUCCUUCAGUGCCUUACUUACACUCCUCCCCUUGCCAAUUUUUGUCUUCGUUUACAACACUCUUCUCUCUGUGAUUCGGUUUCCAACGGGGAGCGAAAGCGGGAGUGUCCAUUUUGCAUACUGGAGAAACGGAUAGUCCGUUCCCUAAGUCUGGACCUAACUCUUGAUGCCCCAGCUAAGAUCCAGAGCUGUCUCAGGAUUUUUGCUGAGCACUUUCGGUGCGGUCGCCAAGAGGAUGCACAUGAGUUCCUGCGUUAUGUCAUUGAUGCUUGCCACAACACCUGCUUGCGACUCAUGAAGAUGCGCCGCAUGGGGAAUGACUCCAUUAACGGCAGCAAUACCAUCGUUAAGGAGAUAUUUGGGGGUGCUCUGCAGAGCCAGGUGAAGUGCUUGUCAUGUGAUUCUGAGUCCAAUAAGGUUGAUGAGAUUAUGGACAUUAGUCUCGAUGUUUUGCAUGGUAAUUCGCUUAGAGAAGCAAUGCAAAAGUUUUUUCAGCCUGAGAUUUUGGAUGGCAGCAAUAAGUACAGAUGUGAAAAUUGUAAGAAAUUGGUGACAGCAAGGAAGCAAAUGUCAAUUCUUCAAGCACCUAAUAUCUUGGUAAUCCAACUGAAGAGAUUUGAGGGCAUAUUCGGCGGCAAGAUUGAUAAGGCUAUUGCGUUUGAAGAGGUUCUGGUACUUUCAAGCUUCAUGUGCAAAGGGAGCCAGGAUCCACGGCCAGAGUAUAAUCUUUUUGGCACCAUUGUGCAUUCGGGAUGCUCACCAGAAUCUGGACACUACUAUGCGUAUAUCAAGGAUGCAAUGGGUCGGUGGUAUUGCUGUAAUGAUUCUUAUGUGACACUUUCAACACUGCAGGAUGUCUUGUCAGAGAAGGUCUAUAUUCUUUUUUUCUCUCGCACUAACCAAAGGCCAGUUUCUGCUGGUGCAAAAUGUAUUUCCAAUGGAGUAAAAUCAAGCAAUCUCAAUGUUAGUGAGGCAUAUAAAAGUCCAAAGGUUUCUGUUGCACCAAAAUCUGUGCCCACAAAACUAUGUGUUGAACAAUCUUCACGCAAUGAUAUUCCAUCCACGUCUAAGGUUUAUAAAGUGCCUUCUAGUCCGCAGAUAAAGUUUAAUAUUUUUGGAAACUCUAGCUCCAGAAGGGUUCCUCCAACUGUUGACAGAAAGGCUGAUAUGUAUAAGAGUCAAAACAUGAAAAUGAAUGGGGAUGCAAAGGACACAAUUUGCAUGGAGAAACUUGACAAGGAUAUAUCACCAAUGAUAAAUGGAAAUGGUUGCAACAAAAACAAAAUAGUUGAUGGUGAGAGCUGCCCAUCAAUAGCAGUAGCAAGUGAAAACGGUGUUACCCAAAAUGGUGCCUUUGAGUCAGUAAAGCUGAAUCUCUAUGAAGCUAGUGGUACUAUGGGCAGAACAACUAUGGAAAAAGGGUCUAAUCACCUUGAAUUGCAGAACGGCGGAGAGAAUUGCCAUUCUGGAAAUCCAGAGUUGAAGAGGAAAUUAAAGGAGGAUUCUUUCAUUUUGUUAGCACAGGAUUCUCAUUCUCGAGCCAAAGUUAAAGAGUUGAAAGAAGUUCUCAAGCAAGAAGCUUCUUCGGGUUUGCGAUCAUGUGGUUGGUCUAAUAAGGUAUACAGUUUUAUGUGCUCAAGGAAGAGGUUAUGUGCACGAGAAGCAAGGAACAUCUUAAGUGAUAUUGAAUUGAAGAAGCUGUUGAUUGAAGAGGCCAAAUCAACCUUUAUUUCACAGAUACCUGAAUCAUUGAAAGAGGAUCUAGUCAAACAUCUUAGGUCAUUUAGCCAAGAGAAGUGACAUUCUGGGUUACUGAUAAUUAAGGAGUCUCUUGAUGAUUGUUGGUGGACUCCAUGUAUAAACUGUAUGACUAAUUGAUGAAAUAUCUUUUUGCGGAAGACGAUAACUGGGGGUUUUCUAUUACCUGUCUAUUUGAGCAAGUGCUCCCAGUGGCAGCAAGAGGUUGUUAUGUUGCCUUUUAACUCGUUUUUCCCCCCUUUUCCCUUUCUAUUGUUAUAAUUCUAUACUGGUAGGUUCCCAAUUGGUGUUGAGAUGAAAGGGCUGAGCUCAAAUCUUGCCAACAAAUUUCUUCCUUGAAGCUUUGGAAGUUGGUUUUGGUGAACGCAAGAAUCUCAAUAGAUUUUGUACUAUAUCCUUUUUGGCAGUGUCUUUUAAUGUACCGUCCUCAGUCAAGGGAUGAGCACAGCAAUUUUCCAUAAAAAUGUGUCCAGAUAGUACCUCGUGAAUGUAUACCAUCAUUGAGUUUACACCCAA